UUUGUCCAGCAGGUUUCCCGCGCGCGGGAAGCCGCCCCUGGCGGUGCAAUGACAGGGCGGGGCUGCGCAUGCGCAGCGCGAACAGGGGGGGAGGAGGACGUGGUAAGAUGGCGGCGUCCGCGCAGGGCCCGGCCGCGCCGCUGAGCGCCGAGCAGGCCAAGGUGGUGCUGGGCGAGGUGCUGAAGGCCUUCGGGGCGCCCGAGAACGCGCAGCGCAUGGAGGAGGCGCGGGACAACGCCUGCAACGACAUGGGCAAGAUGCUGCAGUUCCUGCUGCCCGUGGCCACGCAGAUCCAGCAGGACGUGAUCAAAGCCUACGGCUUCAGCAGCGACGGCGAGGGGGUCCUCAAGUUCGCCCGGCUGAUCAAGUCGUACGAGGCGCAGGACCCGGAGAUCGCCAGCAUGUCCGGCAAGCUCAAGGCCAUGUUCCUGCCGCCCAUGACCCUGCCGCCGCACGGUGCAGGCACCGGCGGGGUGGCCGCCUCGUGAAACCUGCAGCUCCGCCGGCCCCCGGGGUCUGCGGUGCUCCGAUGAAGUGGGGGUGUCUGCACCUGGCCGGGGGCUGCUGGCCCGCCAGCCCCGCGGCACGGAGAGGUUGGACGAGGGAGGUGUUGAUCCGAACGGAAUCGGCUUCGUUG